AUGGCCUUUGUCGCCGAGCACACCUCUAUCCCAAUCCCAAAGGUCUAUCGCACCCAUCUCCACCGCGGACGCAUCGGCAUCGAAAUGGAGUGGAUCAAGCACGCCGAUUGCAUUAGCCACUGCUGGAAAAAUUUGACCGACGCCGAGAGAGAUAAUAUCACGACACAAUUGGCCUCGUAUGUCACCGAGCUGCGCUCGCUCCAGCCUCCCAAGAAUAAGCGCACCGUCGUCUCGUCGGCUUCUGGUGGUCCCUGCUGGGAGCUCCGCCUUGGCAAUCAUCCUUGCGGACCAUUCACGACCAUGGACGAGUUUCAUACUUGCGUUCGCGGUGGCAUGCGACUGACGGAAGAAACGUUCGGGCCACUGGUAGUGGACGUUCACUCUCGGCACUACGGCACCCGCUUUACCCAUGGAGACCUUUCGAUUGAGAAUAUCUUGGUCCGCGACGGGAAGAUCGUGGCCAUCAUAGACUGGGAAUGUGCGGGGUGGUAUCCGGAAUAUUGGGAGUAUACCAGGGCGUUCUACAAUCGCUACAACUUUCCAGACUUUUAUCGAAUGAUCGCGGAGAAAUUGACGCCAUACGAAGAUGAAUUGACCGCCGAGCGAACGUUGUGGAGGCUACUCGAUGCCCCUCUCGACCAGCGAUAA